UAGCUGAUUCACUCAAAGUUGGUCACUCAAAGUUUUCACAGUCAGGGUUUACCCGAUAAUUCCGACGUUUAAGUUCACACCAUCCGUAUUAUGUUCGGACGCGUUGACUGUUUAUAUUCUUUGUCAACGCUACAUAACAUUUCACGGUAUGUUUCCUUUGUGUUCCUUGCUCUUUCAAACUCUUUCUGCACGUAUAAUUUACCGUUUCUGAUAUCGUAGGUAUGUGCCUGGUUAAAAUCACUGUCAGUGAUGUUGGACUUCCUCACGUACAACUGACGUCAUAUCCUCUUCCGGUAAUCCUUGUUUUACACAACUAACGUUACAGUAGUUGUUUCAUGGCCUUGGCUUUGUCGUCAAAAUCACAGACCAUCACAGGCAUCGUCUCUAAAAACAUUAGCGUUAGAUCCUACGCUAAACUUAACGUGAGGCUACCUUUGCAUCCUGGACAAAUCCCACACUGCAGCACAAACAGCUGAGUGGGACAUCGUCUGUUAAGUGACCACUCCAUGACAGUGAUACCGUGUCUUCCAUCCAAGCACUGAGAAAUCAACAGAAGCAUGCAGUACCUACAAAUUGAGCCACAAAUGCAGAGAAGUGCUUCGUCCAGUGGUCCAUUGUGUGGCCUACCAGAGGUUGUUUCCUGUUCGGUGAACAAAAUGAGGGGUAAUUUCCAGUUCCAGUUCGACCCCCACAGUGCAGGCAGUUACCUGCACCUCAGUAAGAACAACACCAAGGUCACCAAGGGGAAGAUGCAGAAAUGUAACUCCCUGCCAGACCUCAUAACUGCAAAGUCAAAGACACAUUCCAGAAAUGCCUACACAAUCCUGGGAAACCGGGCGAUAUCAGAGGGGAAGCACUAUUGGGAGAUUCAAACGGGGGACGGCUCUUUCACCAUCGGGUUUGCGUACAGAACGGUGCGAAGGGACAAGGACAUCGGCUGGACAAAGAAGUCCUGGGGCUUGGAAAAACAGAAGUGGAUCCCGUUAAAGCCUCACGAUUCCAUUUUCAAAGCUCUGGCUCAGGGAGAACAAACUGAGGUACACAUUUCCACAUGUCCAGAGAGGAUUGGCGUCCAUCUUGACUAUGACCUUGGGAGCGUGACCUUCACAGACCCAGCAACCAAGGAGGUCAUUCACACCUUCAAUGUCAAGUUUGAGGAACCAGUUGUCCCAGCAUUCUCUCUGUACAAGGGGUCCUUGUCCAUCUGCAGUGACUAGUUAUCCUAAAUAGCUGGUUUAUAAUUUUAUUCGGCAUUCGACAAUGUCUCAAAGUUUUGAGAACAAUGAGAAGUCUGCUUGUGAUCAUAUUUGAUAUUUCCAAUUGCUAGGAUUUGUAAUGUCAAAUCAAAAUGAGACAUAGGGAUAAUCCCUUCAUAGACUUUAGUGAAGAAAAAUAAACUAGAAUUUGUGAGCAAACGAGGAAUAUUUCCCUUUGCAAUGUCACAGAUAUUGUCACAGUUCUGCUUUUCAUUUGUUUAAUGUUUACCUAAUAGAUGGUUACCCAGACAAAAAUGCCUUGUAUUAGAAUAGAUAGAUUACUGAGUUUUUAAGUGUGAAGUCAAGUUUUUUUUUUAAGGAAAGUACAAAAAUGUAUCCUUGCUUGGAUACAGUUACAGAAUUUUUAUCACAGUUACAUAACUGUUACCAGAAGCAAAGGAUCCAGUGAAAACAGACUAUUGUUAAUCAGGAAAGAAAAGGCAAGACAUGUUAUUUGACAGCAAUAUUUUAUGUACAGUCUAGAUAUACAAAUACUUGAAAUAGAAUAGUUUUGUCAAAAUGGGCAGCACAGCUGCCAAAAAUGUUUCAAUAAAGAAUAAUUCUGUGCUA